AUGGAGGAACCGUCAGACACCGUCACAGGGAAGAAUCGCGAUGUGUGUGGUGCGUUUUCGCGAAUCUGCCGUUCCCCAUGGCGUCCUGCCUUCUCGCCUCGAGCCCGCAACGGCGCAGCGUCUCCGCCCUACCCAAUAUCUCGGUGUGUGUGCGGAGCGCUGUUAACGGCCUUCCUGCUCAUUCUUUUCAUGAUCCUUUUCCUCUACCCCGUUUCACUGAGCCCUGGCGCACAGAAUAUGCUCUGGCAGGCGUCUCGAAACACCUUUCCCGGGUGGCUAGCUGGCGCACCAGGUGUACGUCCAGCCGGCGGCGGGGGCUUUCCCGCAUCUGCUGACACUCCCGACGGCGUCAUCCGCGCCAUAGGCCUCCCACAGAUUCAAGACUGGAAGCCGUUGCAGCGGCGAGAAAGACAAAUUACACAGCUUGGAUUCGAGGGCGGCCGCUACGGAGACGCGCCGGCAUUCAUUGUCGAGCCGGAACUCGUACACGAGGUGAAUCCUGGAGUGGACGAAGACCACCUCCACGGCCUGGUGGGGAUUCUGGAUGACGGGACGCUCGCUUGGAACCCCAAGCCGAUUUUUUUUAAGCUGACGAAAGAGCAGAAACGCAUGGCACACAAAGGCUACUGCUUCAACACGAAAGUGUCCGAUUCCUUGUCGCUCAACCGCUCCGUCCCGGAGUUCGCCUCCAAUUACUGCCGCGACCAGCGGCCUCUCUUCGAGAACAUGACGCCUCCAAGCGCUGGACAGCAAUGGAAGCAGAGAGAACCCGAGAAAAAACCGCUGUCUCCACAGGCACCCGGCGAUGGGAUCCUCUCACCGACUGCACAGACAGAGGGAGGGAAAGCCUCGGCGGCCAGCCCGACAGAAGGCUAUCUUCCAGACACCAGCGUGGUUAUUGUUUUUCACAACGAGAACUUGAGUGUCCUCUUGCGCUCGAUCCACUCGGUCUUGAAUCGCACGCCCCCAGCCCUGCUGAAGGAGAUCAUCGUUGUGGACGAUUUCUCGGACAAACAAACCCAUCCGUGGCUCGGCAAGCAACUCGAGGACUACAUUUCCGGCACGUUGCCCAAGACGCGCCUCCUGCGGCUCCUCCAGAGGCGAGGACUGAUGGGCGCGAGAGCAGCUGGUGCAGCAGCAGCCACGGCACAGACGGUGACCUUCCUCGACAGCCACAUCGAGUGCAUGCCCUACUGGCUUCAGCCCUUGCUGUUCCACGUCAAACAGGACUGGCGGCGGAUCGCCAUGCCUCUCAUUGCCACGAUCGACGCCGACAACUUCCGCAUCAAGGAUGGAGGCUUGAAGACUCUGGCCUUCACGUGGGGCAUGAGCCAUCACCACAUUCACGACAAGAUUCGCCAUCGCAUCGAAAAACUUGGGCAAGACGAAUCUGCGAAGAAUCCAGAUGCACCGACUAUGUCGCCCAUCAUGGCUGGUGGUCUUUUCACCGUCACGAAGGCAUGGUGGAACACACUGGGCGGCUACGACAAAGAAAUGCAGAUCUACGGUGGAGAAGAAUUCGAGAUUUCCUUCAAAACGUGGAUGUGUGGAGGUGCUCUCCACUUGAUCCCGUGCAGCCGAGUUGGUCAUGUUUUCAGGAGCAACGAAUUCUGGCAAGGCCAAGUGUACCCGGUCCCAGGCUCGGUGAUUCACCGCAACAAACUGCGCGCGGCUCACGUCUGGAUGGGCGAGUACGCGAGAAUUGUUGAGCUCGUCGUUCCCCGGCUGCCGCAGGGUCAGUCUCUGGGGGACUUGACAGAGCUGAAGGCGCUGCGCGACCGGCUUCAAUGCAAGGACUUCAACUGGUACUUGGAAAACGUCUAUCCCGAGCUGGAGCCGCCAAAUGUGGCGCAUGCACUGACCGGCGCGAUGCGGAAUCCAAAGUUCAACUGCUGUGUGGACACCCUCACAACGAAAAACCAAGAAAUCGGCGUCUACCCGUGCCACUUUGAACACGGCACCCAGGCGUUCCUCUAUGGCAAGGACACUCACAUGCUCCGAGUCGCCGAACACAAUUUCGAACUGUGUGUGUACGGGAAUCCAAAGAAGCGGCGCUUGCCUGAGAGAUCCUGCACUGAAGACCAUUCUGGGCAAGGCCUGAGCCGUUAUUGGUUGUACAAGGAAGACACGAAGCAGAUGCAGUUGCUGGAUGCAGAGAACAAAGACGUGCACCCAGACGACCUCUGCAUGCAGGCCGUGCAGGUUCAGACGUCGAAAAGUCCGUUUGACCUCGUUCUUGCGAAAUGCGAUCCCAAUCGAGAGGACCAGCAUUUCGUUUUUGUUCCUUAG